AUGAAAAUUGUUUUAGUUGGAGAUACUCAAGUCGGUAAAACAUCAAUUGUAACUCGCCUGAAGAAAGGCAGGUUUGCGGAGAAUACAACUGCCACAGUUGGUGCAGCGUUGCAAGAAUAUGUUGUACAAACUGAAACUGGUAGUGUUACCAUGCAAAUAUGGGAUACAGCCGGACAAGAAAAAUUCAGAACUCUUGCUCCGAUGUAUUAUAGAACAGCAAAUGUCGCUUUAAUUGUUUAUGAUAUCACAAAAUCUGAUACUUUUAGGUCAUUAGAAAUAUGGACAAAAGAGUUACAAGAUAAAGGUCCACAAGGAUUAAGAAUAUGCAUAGUUGGCAAUAAAUGUGAUCUUGCAGAUGAAAGAGCCGUUCAAACGACACAAGGAGAAGACUUUGCAUACGCACAUCAAGCAAGUUACUUUGCUGAAGUAUCUGCUAAGAGUGGUGAUGGAAUUAUACGACUUUUUGAAAAAAUUGCAACAUUAAAUGAAGUUGAUAACAGAGUUACUACCUCUGAACCGAUAGAAAUAAUGGCACUUAAUCAAAAUAACAAAUCAUCAUGUUGUUAA